AAACCCGCGGAUCGCUUCAUUUUGAGGCAGACGUCUGCUCUGUAUCCUUCGAGUGGCAGUUCAUUUUCUUUCUGCAACGAGAUAUUAUCACUUUAUUUCUAUGUCUCCGAUGUAUCUAACUCGGCAACAUAUCGAAAUGUACGGUGAAGUGUUCAUGUAGUAUUCGUUACAACCAGACACCAUUCACGUGCAGAAGACCUGUCUCCAUCGACAUUGACUUGAAACACCUCGUGGACUUCAUCAGCGAAAAAAAAGGUUCUAAAAACAUUCAUUAGAACAUGGAGCAGAAACGCCUGUACAAAGUGGUACUCACUGGAGGACCUUGCGGCGGCAAAACGACCGGACAAACACGACUGUGCACAUUCUUCGAGAAUAUGGGCUGGAAGGUGUUCCGUGUUCCCGAGACAGCGACCGUGCUGCUCAGCGGCGGCAUAAAGUUUUCAGACCUGAACGCUGAAGAGGCAAAGGGAUCCGGGUCGCGUCCUUCGAUUACGAAGUCCUCGCAGCGACAUUACAGGAACAGGUCGGACAAAGGCGAAGCAAGGUGGCCGGAGAUAUUGGAGGUUGACUCCGGCGAGGGAUUCAAAUUUCAAGAGAACCUCCUGCGCACGAUGAUACAAAUAGAGAACACAUUCUUCCAGCUGGGUGAGAGCUGUUCGAGAAAUUGUCUCAUCAUCUGUGAUCGCGGUGCCAUGGAUGCCUCUGCAUUUAUAUCGAAGGACAAGUGGGAGUUGAUGAUGGCCUCGAACGGAUGGAACAACGUCGAACUUCGAGACAACAGAUACAAUCAGAUCAUCCACAUGGUUUCGGCGGCAAACGGCGCCGAGGAGUUCUACUCGACGGAAGAACACGCGUGUCGGUCGGAAGGCGUUGAGUUGGCCAGAGAACUCGAUUACAAAGCGGCCGCAGCCUGGGUUGGGCAUCCUUACUUCGACGUAAUAGACAAUUCGCAAGACUUUGAGUCGAAAAUCUGUCGCAUGAUCGAGUGCGUGUGUCAGAAACUGGGCAUCGAUAUCGGGGACAGAUUGAGGGCGAGUAGCAGAAAGGUCAAGUUCCUCGUCAAAUGUCCACUGCCGGCGGACUCCGAGUUCCCGCCGUUCCAGGACUUUGACGUCGUCCAUAACUACCUCCAAAGUAACAAUCCGAAGAUGCAAGCUCGUCUUCGUAAACGUGGCCAAAAAGGUCACUGGUCUUACAUUCAUACGAUUCGACGUCCGAAAAUGUGCGGCCAGGUGAUCGAAGUUAAAACGCAAUUGACUCAUCGAGAUUACCUGAACAUGCUCGCUCAACGCGACGACUCGCAUUUUACCAUCUUCAAGCGUCGACGUUGCUUCCUAAUCAACAAUCAGUAUUUCCAAUUAGAUAUAUACAGAGAACCAGCUCAUCCAAGGUGCCGGGGAUUGAUGCUGCUUGAAACGUACACAGCAUUAUCAGGGGACGAGCUUAAAAACAUAUUACCACAGUUCCUGACAAUCGAAAAAGAAGUCACUGGAAAUCCAGAUUACAGCAUGUUCAAUCUCAGUCUAAGAGAAGAGUGGAACAAUACUAACAAAUACUGCCAUAAUUUACAUGAUUACGCUCUUGCAGGCUUGACGGAAAGUGGCUCGACAGGAACUAAAAGUACUUACACUUUGGAAGCAAAAGACGCAUCAGUUAAAAAAAUAGUAAACGGGAUUGAUUGUUAUAGAGUCAAUGGUGUAGGUAAAAUCAUAAAUGGCGUACAAAAUGGUGUCCACGGUGUUACGAAUGGUAACGUGAAAUUUGUCGAACAAAAUAGUAUAAAAAGCAAUAGUCAAGAACGUGGUAGUCCUACGAAACACUGAACGAUAAUUUUUAAAACAAAAAGUACGAAAGAAUAUCGAACGAGUUUCGAAAUGAUGUGAAAACACGACGGUAAAUUAGGCAAUGAUAAGGGACAAAUUAUCUAAGUAAUUCUAAAAAGAAACAAAAUAUUUUAUUGGCACUGACAAUUAACUUGAUCUAAAAUUUCUUAGGCAAUACGAAAAUGAUAAAUUUACAAACUAUGAUACCUAUUUUUUAAUUCUUGCGUGCACACUUUGGAGGUACCUACGCGAAAUGUACUUAAUAAUUCGACUGUAACUUAUUUCUUACCGAUCUGUUUAACAAGCGAUGUCGAAUAAUAUACAAGUUUAACAAGCAUCUGUUUAACAAGCAUUUUUACAUCCAAAUCACUUCAUUUCACUUUUCAUCUGUUUUUCUCGUUGUAUAUUUUACCUAGAGUACCGUAGCAAUUCUUUAUUUAAGAAAAUUACUAUAAAUGAUUGUGAUACAAAAUAUUACAUAACACAUAGCAUACAAAACACGCAUUGAGCUAUGUAAUUAUUCAAGAACAAACGAUGUCUGUAUGAAGUAUAUUUUCCUUUAGAAAUGUUUAAUGUUAUCUUGAUAGAAAAUAUGCUGCACUAAUGUGGACAAUUUUAAAUUUAUAAAUUGUACUGUAGAUGAAAAACUUUGGUCCCUACUAUAGAUAUAAAUUUUGUAAGUAAUCAUUAGUGACCUCUUAUCAAAUGCUGAGAUAAAUCUAAUAUUUUAUUUAUCUUUAAAUGAAUAUAUCGUCGAGUAAUUAUGAAAAGUAUGGUUGAACGACUGUUCUACAGUAUUGUCAGAAUUGUGUAUUAUAGUCGUGACAAGAUAAUUGUCGACUAGUACUUAACAGGUAUAUCCAUAAAAAUUUAAUCUAUAAAAAGUUUGAAGUACUAUAAUUUAUUGGAGAUACUGUUGGGUUAAAUAAAAAUAUCGAUUUCUGAGUUGUAGUGUCCCUUAUGUAAAGAAUGUUAAUUUUAUUAUUUAAUUUACCAAUAAAAAUUGCUUCAUCAUUGAACAUAACUUAAUGAACGUAAACUGUGAUGGUUAUAUAUAUGCAUAUAUAUAUAUAUAUGUAUAUAUAUAUAUAUGCUUAUUUUACAUAAAAACUAUCAUAUUUAUCAUAAAUUUUACCAUUAUUUAGAGACAAAGUGCCUGUGAGAUGUUCGGUCGCAGAAGUGAAAAGAAUGAUAUAUAAAUAUAUAUUUUCAAUGAAAGAUGCAAUAAUCAGUUAUCAAUGCACUUAUACCAUAUAUAAUUGAUCUGAAUUCAUAUUGUAUCCAUGAUUAUCUAAUAAAAUGUCAUGUGCCUAUCA